AUGACCUCGCCGUUAAGGGCAAUCUCGGCAAGUGGCCCAUCAUAUGUGUGGACAAGCAUUUACGCCGCAAUUUUGAGUCUAGGGAUUAGACAGAAGAUUCAUUCUGGUUAUGAAGUCAAGGUAUGGGAGGAUCCAUGGAUUCCAACUACGUCUGCUAGACCAGCUACACCUGUAGCGCCAGUGAUGCACCCGAAUAUGAGAGUUAGUGACCUCAUUAACCAGGAAACGAAGGAAUGGGAUGUAGGGUUACUAGAGGAUUAUGUUCAUCCUGAAGAUAUACCACUCAUUUGCAGUAUGGCCACAAGUUCUAGUCAUCGCCGUGAUACAUUCAGCUGGAGUUACACGAGGAAUGGACAAUAUAUGGUUAAAUCUGGAUACUGGGUUGCUCAAAAUCUAUUGAAGCCAGAAGAGGAAAAGAAAGUGCUGGAACUAAGUAUCACCAAGCUUCAAGCCUUUGCUUGGAAGCUGAAAGCGCCAAGGAAGAUGUGUCAUCUUAUUUGGGGUAUAGAGAGAGAUCCUUUGGAGCUAGUUCGACAUGCAGAAAGUGAGUGUCAAGCAUGGUUUAAUGCAAAUGAGAUGAUUGCACCACUAGGUCAGGCCAACAGUAAUGAGGUGAAACAAGCCUUAAGUUUGGGUAGUGUUUUCCUGUUAGAUGGAUCGUGGACAGCUUCUGACAGAUUUAGUGGAUGUGGAUGGGUCUGGAUUGACAGCGCGGAAGACGUGCAACUUAUGGGAACACGAAAUUUCACUUGA